AAACAAAAGAUGGAAGGAGCCAAAGGCUUCCUGCCCUGGGUUUCAUUUCUUUUCUCUGAGUCCUGGGGGAGCAGAGAGUCCCCACUCUUCCAGGGACACACACACUCACCCACUUUCCCAGACCCAGGGCCUGAUGGCAGCGCCUCACCCCACAGGUGGAGGAGAAGAUCAAGCAGACGCACCGCAAGUACCUGCUGCAGGAGCAGCUGAAGAUCAUCAAGAAGGAGCUGGGCCUGGAGAAGGACGACAAGGACGCCAUCGAGGAGAAGUUCCGGGAACGCCUCAAGGAGCUGGUGGUCCCCAAGCAUGUCAUGGAUGUUGUGGACGAGGAGCUGAGCAAGCUGGGCCUGCUGGACAACCACUCCUCGGAAUUCAAUGUCACCCGCAACUACCUAGACUGGCUCACGUCCAUCCCUUGGGGCAAGUACAGCAACGAGAACCUGGACCUGGUGCGGGCACAGGCAGUGCUGGAGGAGGACCACUACGGCAUGGAGGACGUCAAGAAACGCAUCCUGGUGAGCCAGUGUCUGGCCUGCUGUGGAUCUGCAUGUGGGCAGUGGGCCCGGGCCCAGGACUCUGUGUGCUGUGGGUUGAGAUUUCAAAGGAGCCCCCUGGUGAAUUCGUAGGCCUGGGGGUGCUGGUCGGGGGGAUCCUGAUGGAGGGAGCAUCCUGCCCUGCCCCCCGGGGGCUCGAGGAUUUCCCCGAUGGACUGAAGUCAUGCCUGAUAGGCCGAGCAUGGCGGGGCUGCUUGUCCCAGCUACUCAGGAGGCUUAGGUGGGAAGAUCACUUGAGCCCAGGAAGCUGAGGCUGUGGUGAGCUGUGAUCGUACCACUGCACAUCAGGUUAGGUGACAGAGUGAG